UGGGCGGUGGAGGCGCCGCCCCGCGCCCACGCGUGAAUCAGCUGAUCUGCGCCCCGGCAGCCGGCCGGCCCAGGGGGCGAGUGCGCGGAUUGUGGAAGCUAUAUUGUUCCUUCUGAAAGAGAAAUGAUAUGGUGGUGAUGGAGUGCUGCCACUGACAGAUGGACUCACAGGAAAGAAGCUCAGAAGAGGCAGAAGGAACCAAAGAGAGAGGCUUGGUCUAUGUUUGGAAGGCUGGUUCCUGCUCUGUGACUCCAGAAAGGCUUCCAGGCCUCAGUGGAAAGACUGUUAUACAGGCAGCCCUUGGAAUACAUCAUGGGUUACUUUUGUUAGAAGAUGGCGAGGUCUACAGUUUUGGAAAACUUCCAUGGAGAUCAGGACUGGAGAAGUCAUAUGCUAAUACUCCUAUCUUAGAAAACACUUUACUUGGGCAUCAUGUUAUUACAGUAGCAGCUGGAAGCUUCCAUAAUGGAGUUGUGACUGAAGGUGGUGUGGUGUACAUGUGGGGGAAUAAUUCUGCUGGCCAGUGUGCAGUUGCUAAUCAAUUAUGUGUGCCAGAGCCACAGCCCAUCAGCAUUUGUGAUUCUGAAACCAAUCCUCUUUUGUCAGUAAGGAUUUUGCAGCUGGCAUGUGGAGAGGAGCACACACUGGCGCUAUCACUCAGCAGAGAGAUAUGGGCUUGGGGGAGUGGCUGCCAGCUUGGUCUCAUAACUACAACUUUCCCAGUGACAAAGCCACAGAAGGUAGAGCACCUGGCAGGACGUGUUGUGCUUCAGAUUGCUUGUGGAGCCUACCACAGCCUGGCUCUGGUACAGUGUCUCCCUGUGCAGGAAAUGAAGCCCAUCCCAGAGAGAUGCAAUCAUUGCAGUCAGCUCCUCAUUACCAUGAUGGACAAGGAAGAUCAUGUUAUCAUUUCAGAUAGUCACUGUUGCCCUCUGGGUGUCGCACUGUCUCAUAACCAAGCAGAAAACCAUGCCUUCUGUCCUCUGUUGGAGACCCUAGAAGGAAAAAGUGUAACAGGUGGCCAAAGUGAAGACUGUCAGAAGCCACCUGUGGAAGAACAUACGCUUGUUGCUUUAGUAUCUGGUGGAGCAAGUGUGCUUGCCAGUAAUGAUGGACAGGAAGACAGUGGAAUUUCUAGUCCAGGGAAUGUUCUGUUCCCAGACAAAAAAGAAGUGAAUGAGUACUCAGUCAGUUUAUCAGAUCAUUCAUUAAGUGAGAGCCUGGAGAAAAACAUCUGCACAGAACAAGAGCAGCCUUCUCGAGAAGAGCAACUUGGUGCUUGUAUCCCUGGCCCUCCAGGUACCAGCACAUCUGCCUUGAACAGCUUGGUGGCAUCUUGUGCAUCAGCAGUUGGUGUGAGAGUAGCUGCUACAUAUGAAGCUGGGGCAUUAUCUCUGAAGAAAGUAAUGAACUUCUAUGGCACACCUUCAAGUGAAACAGGAUCUCAAUCUGGCAGUGCUUCCCCAGGGCCUGAAGCUCUGAAAGACAGUCGAGAAGAGCAGGUCAGACUGGAAUCCAUGCAGGGGAAGAAGAGUUCCAGUUUAGUAGAUAUUAGAGAGGAAGAAUCUGAAGGCGGUAGUCGAAGACUUUCCCUGCCUGGCUUGUUGUCACAAGUUUCUCCUAGGCUCUUAAGGAAGGUAGGACGGGCAAAAAUGAGGACUGUAGCUCUGACUCCAACCUACAGUGGUGAGGCUGAUGCACUUUUACCCUCUUUGAGAACGGAGGUGUGGAGCUGGGGAAAGGGGAAGGAAGGACAGCUAGGGCAUGGUGAUGUGCUCCCAAGGCUUCAGCCACUAUGUGUGAAAAGCCUAGAUGGUAAAGAAGUGAUUCACCUUUCUGCUGGUGGCCACCAUUCCUUAGCACUCACUGCCAAAUCCCAGGUGUAUUCAUGGGGCAGUAAUAUCUCUGGCCAGCUGGGUCACUUGAACUCCCCAACAACAGUCCCUCGUCUUGCAAAGGUGUGUGGUGAUGGUGUUUGGAGUACAGCAGCUGGGCUAGAUUAUUCCCUCUUCUUAGCAGAUGAAGAAGACUUCCAACCUGGUUUAUAUUACAGUGGCCAGGAAACAACAACAGAAAACAAUUUGUGUGAAAAUAGCUGUACUAAGAGUCCAGUUUUAUUACUUUCCUGUAGUAAGGUAGGGUACAUAAGCAAUGUGAUAGCUGGUGGUGACAACUGUUUGGUCUUAGUAGACAAAAAUGUAAUGGGAUAUAUUGCCAGUUUGCAUGAGUUGGCUUCUACUGAGCGAAGGUUUUAUUACAAACUGAGCGAGAUCAAAUCUCAGGUUCUUAGACCUCUUUUAGGUUUAGAUAAUUUGGGCAAUGCAAAUACAAUCCAGUUGUUACAGGAAAUGGCAAGCAGGUUCAGCAAGCUAUGCUAUCUCAUUGGUCAACAUGGAGCUUCUUUAAGCAGCUUUCUUCAUGGAGUAAAAGAAGCCAGAAGCCUGGCCAUCCUGAAGCAUUCCAGUCUGUUUUUGGAUAGUUACACUGAGUAUUGUACUUCAGUAACAAACUUCCUUGUAAUGGGAGGAUUUAUGCUCCUUGCAAAGCCAGCAAUAGACUUCUUGAGUAAAAACCAGGUGCUGUUGCAGAAACUGUCUGAGAAGAAUGAGGAAAACCUCCAGCUAGUGGAAGUUCUGAAUACUCUGUUUUUCAUGCCAUUUGGACGACUUCAUAAUUAUGCCAGAACUUUGCUAAAGCUUGCCACAUGUUUUGAAGUGGCAUCUCCAGAAUACCAGAAGCUACAGGAUUCUAGCUCUUGUUAUGAGAGUCUUGCUGUCCAUCUUAGCAGAAAAAGGAAAGAAGCAGAGUACACACUAGGCUUCUGGAAGACCUUUCCUGGGAAAAUGACGGAUUCCUUGCGGAAGCCAGAGCGUCGCCUGAUCUGUGAAAGCAGCAAUCGUGGAUUGUCCCUGCAGCAUGCUGGGAGAUUCUCUGUGAACUGGUUCAUCCUUUUUAAUGAUGCUCUGGUACAUGCUCAGUUCUCAACACACCAUAUUUUUCCCUUGUCCACUUUGUGGGUAGAAGCUCUUUCAGAAGAAGCUGGUAAUGUGAAUGGUUUGAAGAUUACAACGCCAGAGGAACAGCUUGUUCUUGUUUCUUCAACACCACAGGAAAAGACCAAAUGGCUACGGGCAAUAAGCCAAGCAGUGGAUCAGGCCCUUAAGGGGACUUCUGACUUCAUUCUAUGUGGAGCUGGUGGGAACGUACCAAGACAGGAGCCUCCAAUUUCUCGCAGUGCCAAAUACACUUUCUAUAAGGACCCUCGAUUUAAGGAUGCUGUUUAUGAUGGGAGAUGGCUUUCGGGAAAGCCCCAUGGCAGAGGGAUCCUGAGGUGGGCAGAUGGAAGAAUGUACUCUGGGACUUUCCGAACUGGACUGGAGGAUGGGUAUGGUGAGUACAGAGUGCCAAACAAAGCACUGAAUAAGGAUGACCGUUAUGUGGGGUACUGGAAGGAAGGCAAAAUGUGUGGUCAUGGAGUCUACAGCUAUGCUACUGGUGAGGUGUAUGAAGGGUGUUUUCAGGAUAACAUGCGUCAUGGGCAUGGUCUGCUACGCAGUGGGAAACUGACCUCUUCCUCACCCAGUAUGUUCAUUGGACAAUGGACAAUGGAUAAGAAGAGUGGUUAUGGAGUUUUUGAUGAUAUCACAAGAGGAGAAAAGUAUAUGGGAAUGUGGCAGGAUGAUCUUUGCCAAGGCAAUGGUGUUGUGGUUACUCAGUUUGGACUGUAUUAUGAAGGAGCCUUCAGCACCAACAAAAUGAUGGGGACUGGAAUUCUGCUUUCUGAGGAUGAUACAGUCUAUGAGGGGGAAUUCUCAGAUAACUGGACUCUGAGUGGAAAGGGAACACUGACCUUGCCAAAUGGAGAUUAUAUUGAAGGUCUCUUCAGUGGAGAAUGGGGAUCUGGCAUAAAAAUCACAGGAACCUACUUCAAACCUAGCUUGUAUGAGAAUGAGAAAGACAAACCUAAAGCGUUACUAACUGGUCACUUCAUUAGGCAUAAACUUGGGGUCCUGGCUGUGCCUCCUGAUGAGAAGUGGAAGGCAGUAUUUGAAGAGUGCUGGAAUCAGCUUGGUUGUGAGAGCCCGGGCCAGGGGGACAGAUGGAAGGCUUGGGACAACAUUGCAGUGGCCCUGACCACCAACCGACGGCAACACAAAGACAGCCCAGAAUUAUUGAGCCGCUCACAUACUCAGACACUGGAAAGUUUGGAGUUCAUUCCACAACACAUUGGUGCCUUCACACUGGAAAAAUAUGAAAAUAUUAAAAAAUACUUGAUAAAGGCUUGUGAUACUCCUCUUCAUCCAUUGGGCAAGCUGGUGGAAACACUAGUAGCUGUCUACAGAAUGACCUAUGUUGGGGUAGGAGCUAAUCGGCGAUUACUGCAAGAGGCUGUAAGAGAGAUAAAGUCCUACCUCAAACGCAUUUUCCAACUGGUUAGGUUCUUGUUUCCUGAUCUUCCCGAAGAGGGCAGCACACUCCCAUUCCUGGCAGCAGAGCCAAAAGGAAGACGAUCAUUUUGCAGUGGGAAAUCUGACUCCAGAUCAGAAUCUCCUGAGCCAGGCUAUGUGGUUACCAGUUUUGGCUUGCUGCUCCCUGUAUUACUGCCACGACUCUAUCCUCCUCUAUUUAUGUUGUAUGCCUUAGACAAUGAGCGUGAGGAAGAUAUUUACUGGGAAUGUGUUUUACGUCUAAACAAACAAACUGAUAUGGCUCUUCUGAGUUUUCUUGGAGUGCAAGCGAAAUUUUGGCCAGGAACUGUAUCCAUCCUUGGAGAGAGUAGAAAGGUAUCAUCAAUUACAAAAGAUGCCUGCUUUGCCUCUGCAGUUGAAUGUUUACAGCAAAUCAGUACCACGUUUACCCCAGCUGACAAGUUGAAGGUGAUCCAGCAGACUUUUGAAGAGAUAUCUCAGAGUGUACUUGAGACUCUUCAGGAAGAUUUUCUGUGGUCCAUGGAUGACUUAUUUCCUGUUUUUCUCUACGUGGUGCUACGAGCCAGGAUAAGGAAUUUGGGAUCUGAGGUGCACUUAAUUGAAGACCUGAUGGAUCCUUAUCUGCAGCAUGGAGAGCAAGGCAUCAUGUUCACUACACUGAAGGCAUGUUACUACCAGAUUCAACAUGAAAAGCUUACCUAGACCAUCGUUUACAACCUGGCUCUGUGGGAUAAUCUAUCUACUGAGUGGAACUUCAGUAAUGCCCAGUUUCUCCCCUGAAAUGGCACUUAUACUCUGUUACGAUUCUGUUGCUGUGGAUGAAAAUAUUCAGUUAUUUCUUCUGAACUUUGUUUCAAUAUUGGAAAACUACAUCCAGAAGCUAUCUGUGAAGUGGUGAUAAAACCAGAGACUUGGUUGUAAACUACUUGCCAAGAAGAAAUAAUUUUACUUUUCUAUCAGAAAGAUGAUUUGCUCAUUUUAAAUUAACAGUGCUGCAAAAAGGCAUGGCAUCUACACAUGAAAGUCUGGACCGCAUGGAUUCUAAAGCAGUGGGUUUGUUUCAUUAUUCCUGGUUUGUCAACUGAGGUGAAUGAAUUGUACCACAAAAACAUUCAGUCUUCCUAAAUUAAGCUAUUAUGUUUGUCUAAUUAAAAAAUAGAAAUAUAAUAGUAUUUAUAAUGGGUAACCUAUGAUAUGUUUGGCUGUAAAGAUUUUGAGACAUCUGUGUUGAACAGCAUUGCUGAAUGCAGUAUUAAUGUGCUGUUGUGGAAAUAAUCACAGUUAUGGACUUCCCUGUUCACUAGAACUAUAACUAUACAGGCAUUCACCUUUCCUUCCUGUUGAUGAAAUAAAUAAAAGGCACUGACCACUUAAAAUUUUGGCACUGAAUUAAAUACUUGAAAUUUCUAGUGUGCAGUUUCAUUACCCUGAGGUAAGAGGACAAAAGCUUUCUCUGGAAGCCCAUGGGACAGGAGAAUGGUAAGGUGCUCUUGAGCAAGUUGACAAUGGAUUAAGUUUGAGACUUUUGCCUGUUAACUUAUGUGUCAGAGUGAAAAAAGCUAAUCUUGUUGCAUUUUUGAACAUGUAGAGAACAAGUAAUCUCCCUGGGGGAUUUGUGUGUGUGUGCGCUUCUGUGUUUUAUGUUUAACUUUAUUUAUACCAAUAACACUAGUGGUAGAUAACUUGGAUGUUGUAGGUGCUGUUCUUUACCAUGGCUGACUCAAAAAGGGGGAGGGGGGAACAGUUGAUAGAAUGUUAUAAUGGCUUAAGUUGUGUCAAACUACCACAGAUAAUGCUAAUCAUUUUUUUGGAAUAGUAAUCAUGGUUUAUGUAUUGGCACCUAAAUGGAAGGAAAUUAAAUGUUAAACUACUGUUUUGAAGAGUGACUGUAAUGUAGCAAUUUUCAUAAUAAAGUUAAAAUGAUUGGUC